AUGGGUUCGUUUGGUAGUUUUCUGUUUGUAUACUUCCUCGGCGGACUCACCUUCAUUCCGCUGGUCCUGUCGCUGGUUCUUCUUCACGCCUAUCUGACGCUCCCGCGCGCUUCCCCACCAUCCGGUGCUCCAAACGAACGAGCUGCAGAUGAUAUCCGGCACCCGAGCGAUGAUUCCGAUAGUUUGAAGUCCGGCACGGAUGAGCUGGCCGACAAGUUUCACCGUACCCACGAGUCCGAUGUCGCUGCUGGCUAUUUCGCGGUUUGUCGCGAAUAUGUUCCUGGUGGUGUCAAUGGCAAGCCUCCCGAGCGAACCACCCCGGCGGGUGAGGUGAUCGCCGCCGAGAGCCCCAGCGUCUACCAGACUAUGUAUAGGAGCUUGUUUGAUAGGAAGCAGACACCGACCAUUGAGCCUGCGAAGAGUAAUGGGAAGAAUGGGAAAAGGGCUCGGAAUGUGUUCUACAUCGUUCUGCGACAUGGCCAUUUGAUGCUCUACGACGAUGCGAACCAGGUGGAAGUACGAUACGUCAUCUCCCUCGCCCAUCAUGAUGUGAGCAUCUAUGGGGGAGGAGAAGGGGAGAUCCCGGAGGGUGAGCUAUGGUUGAAGCGGAACGCCAUUUGUCUCUCGAGACGACUGGAUUCACUUGGGGAUCUUGGAGGGCCGACACCCCCUUUCUACCUAUUCUCCGAGAAUCUCUCAGAAAAGGAGGACUUCUACUUCGCCAUGCUCCAGAACCAGACGAGAAUGGGCGAUUUUCCAAAUUGCCCACCCAAACACCAACAAUUCGAAGUCAAGCAUAUCGUCACGCUCGUGCAGCGUCUGCAUUCCUCCGAGGAACAACUACAGACACGCUGGAUCAAUGCUGUCCUGGGCAGGGUAUUCUUGGCCAUGUACAAGACCCCUGAGAUGGAAGAAUUCAUACGGCAGAAGAUCACGAAGAAGAUCUCUCGGGUUAAUAAGCCGAAUUUUAUCAGCAAAAUUGGUCUGCAACGGAUUGACAUGGGCGAGGGCGCUCCGUUCAUCACUAACCCGAGGCUCAAGGAUCUGACCGUCGAUGGAAAUUGUUGCAUUGAGACCGAUAUUCAGUAUGCCGGUAACUUCCGUCUCGAGAUCUCAGCCACUGUCCGCAUUGACCUGGGCCCUCGCUUCAAAGCUAGAGAAGUGGAUAUUGUGCUUGCUGUGGUGCUCAAGAAGCUCGAGGGGCAUAUGUUGAUUCGUUUCAAGCCUCCACCCAGUAACAGAGCGUGGAUCUCCUUCGAAACCAUGCCAAAUAUCGUCAUGGACAUUGAACCGAUUGUCAGCUCAAAGCAGAUCACUUAUGGGAUCAUCCUGCGAACCAUUGAGAGUAGAAUCCGCGAGGUUGUUGCGGAAAGUGUCGUCCAGCCAUUCUGGGACGACAUUCCUUUCUUGGACACUGCUUCUCAGGCUUUCCGGGGAGGAAUUUGGCAGCGAGAGAUCCCUAGGCCCGGUUCGAAGGCUGAAAUACCAGACGAAUCCGUCAGUCACCCACAGACGCCGACCACGAGGGAUCCUCUCGAUGCGCUGAAGACUAAGGAUGAUCGUGCGCUGAGCAUGCCUGUCCUUCUGGAAAGCACAUCGGGAACCUUGAGAUCUCGCAAAAGUUCCAAGUCGAUCACAGUAGACUCUGAAAAGAGCCUAUCAUCUGCUCUUGACAGGACAGGUGAACCAUCGUUACCACGCGCGAUACGUUCUCAGACCUUCUCAAACGCUGCCGAUCCUGUGGUUACUGCAGAUAAUAUCAAGAUUGAAGCCAUCACGACUGACAUUAAAGGCGAGGAGAAGAGCAGUGCUGCCAGUGCCAUGAUUGAGAUAUCAAAUCGCUCACCUUCUGGCUCGCCAAACAAGACGCCGAACGGAUCGCCGCCUACGGGGAGCAAUAUCAGCCCGGAAAAGCUGGCAUUCAGUCGAGGCUCCUCCUUUACAGAAUCUCUCGAGGGUGUUAGCGAGUUUAUCAAUCAGUCCCCCGCGCGUCCCACAUCUGCCCACUUGGCUAGUGAUUCGUCACUGAACCUUCGAAGCGUUGGGGGCAGCUCAAGUACAUCAAUCAACAGCGAGAGAUCGCGGCGACGGAGCACAUUGGAAACACUAGAGACUCUGACCAAGCCAGUUGCUUCUUCGAAUGGCUCCGAGGAAAAACCGAAGAGCUCGCUAUCGUUGGGCACAGCGACCGCUGUAGCUAAGAAGUGGAGCUGGAGUGUGUUUGGGAAGGGCGAUUCCCACGCCGGACAUGAAUCUUCUCGACCUGCUGGUACCCCUAAUGAGCCGAUCGGACGCGGCCAUCCACUCCCACCACCAGGAACCCCAUUACCGCGCCCUGAGAAGUUCGGAAUCAAGAAUAACCCCCUGCCUCGACGAAAGCCUGUCCCGCCACAACUUCCCGAGCGACCCAAAAAGGAAAACAAAAGACCUGUCUCCAAAGCGCCAUUGCCGAAACGCAAAGCUCUAGGCAAAAAAGAAGGGGACGAAAGCAGUCCGGACGAAAUAUUGGUGGUCGAAGCGCCGUAUGAUUCGACACCCAAUAGCCCUGCCCCUGAUUCUGCGUCUGACAUAGAAUCCAUGCGCCCGGCCGUGACGCAGAAUACCUCGCAAACUCCGCCUGGGUCGGCUCCUACUGAGCUGAUUGAGACAGGCUACAGUCAUGACUGGGAUAAUAAGGACGACCGAAAACUCAGUGAACAGAAUCCCAUCGCUCGGGAUGUACCUGAUAUCGCGAAGCAUGACAUGGAGUUACUGUCGGCAACUGACGGAAUUAUACCAUGA